AAGUUGCUAAUGAAGUUCAAUUGAUGCAACUUUGUCCUGAGAUACGUGAUGUUAUGAAGAGAAAUUGUAUUGUUUCUCAGUCUGGGAUAUAUGAACAAUAUCAAGGAUUAGACGUAAUUAUAGAGGAGAUAAAUAAAACUUUAAAAGCUUUAAUACCUCCUAUCUUACAAGAUUGUCAUUGGAAGAUUGUGGCACAUAACUGUAAAGAAAAUGAAUUGGAUGAGAAUUUAAAAAAUUUUACAUGUUCUGCAAAAAUGGCACAGCAAAAGUUUAUUAUUGAAACAUUUAUUAAUAAAAAUAAUUUGGUUCAAUUUAGGUUAAUACUGAUUACAAAACAAGAAGCCGAUGCUCAGAAAAAUAAACAAAAUAUGAAGAAAGAAGAUAUUUUGCUUAAGAUAGAAACUCUCUUUGAGUAG